CUCCGAGCAAGCAACGCGGCAGCGUUCGCGAUGGAGGGGGGAGCUCCCCCGCCGCCUCGCGACCGAAGCUACGACGACCGCGGCGGCGACCGCGGCGGCGACCGCGGCGGCGACCGCGGCGGCGGAGACCGCAGAGACGAUCGCGACAGAGACCGCGGGUACGACCGGCGCGACUUUGACGACCGCGGCUACGGCGGGCGCGAUCGCUACGACGACCGCGAGAGAUCGUCGCGCGACUACGCGAGGGACCGGGACCGCGGGUACGGCGACCGGGAUCGCGGCUACGGCGACCGCGACCGCGGCCGGGGCCGCGACUACGGUGGCGGCGCCGCCGAGGGUCGGGGCGACUUUCGCGAGGGCAGCGGCGGCGGCGGCGGCGGCGAGCGGGACCGGGACCGGGACCGGCGGUACGACGACGGCUCGCCGUCGCGCGAGCGGCCUCGCGCCAAGAAGAAGCGCGGCUGGGACGACAUGGGGGACAACCCGCAGGAGGCGGCGGCGAUGCUGCUGCAGCAGCAGCAGCAGUUUGCCUCUAUGGCGACGAUGCCGCACAACGCCGUCGGGGGGUCGAAGAAGCAACGCGAGCUGUACAUUGGCAAUCUGCCGCCGACGGCGAACGAGGGGAUGAUCAAGGAGCUCUUCUGCAACCUGGUCGCCGCGUGCGAAGGAGCUGGGGCGAGGGGAGGGCGGGCGGCCGUCGCUGCGCUCUGCUCGGCGGGCGGCGGUCAGUUUGCGUUUGUGGAGUUCCGCGACGAGCAGCUCUGCGAGACGGCGAUGCAGUUCAACGGCAUCGACCUGCAGGGCAGGCGAGGGGCUGCUGCCCCUCGCCCGUCCCGAAGGCAAACUGACUGCAGUUUACAGCGCCACCGGAAGCGCCCGCAGCUCAAGAUCGGCCACCCCAACGGCUACAUCCCGCCCAUGACGCCCGCCCUUCUCGAGCGGUUCGGGCUGACCGGCGGCAUCGUCGGCGACCGCGUCGCUGCCGGCGUCACGCAAGACACGAAGAAGCAGCGAGAGCUCUACAUUGGCAACCUGGCCGUCGGCGCAGUCACACCGGCGCGCGUCGACCCGAACGGAAAGUUCGCCUUCAUCGAGUUUGCCUCCGAGGAGCUCUGCACCACGGCGCUCAAUCUCUUCAACGGGAUGGAGCUCUGCGGGCGCGAGAUGAAGAUCGCGCGGCCUGCGGGGCCAACGCACGAGAUCUCCCUGGGCGGGAUCUUGUCCGCCGCCGUGUUGGCCGACGCCGCGGAGUACGCCGAGUGCGUCGAGGACAUCCGUUCCGCGUGCGAGGAGCACGGCAAGCUGCUGCACUUCUCGUGCCCGAAGGAGGGCGAGCCCGACGCGGGCGAGGGACUAGGCAACGCGUACCUCAAGUACGAGCAGAUCGCCUCCGCCGUCAAGGCCUUCGAGGCGCUCAACGGGCGCGACUUCGACGGCAACACCGUCAAGGCGACCUUCCUCUCCGCCGGCACGCUGCAGGCCUGA